ACGAAACCCGGCAAGCCGGAGCGCGACGCCGCUGACUUCCUCGAGUGGAUGAAGAGGGAGCCACAGUCGAUGGUGUGGAUGCCCGUGUUGCACCGGUUGGCCGCCGCGGAGACGGCCAAGCACCAGGCGAAGUGCAACAUCUGCAAGGCGUUCCCGAUCGUAGGAUUCCGGUACCGGUGCCUGAAGUGCUUUAACUUUGACAUGUGCCAGAACUGCUUCUUCUCCGGACGCAAGUCCAAGAGCCACAAGAUCACGCAUCAAGUGCAGGAGUACGCCAUCCCGACUACUACCGGCAGCGACGUGCGAGACCUCACCAAGUGCGUGAAGAACAAGUUCCGCUCGAAGUCGUACUUCCGCAAGCACCCUCGCGUCGGCUACCUCCCCGUGCAGACCGUCGACGAGGGAGACAGCAUGGAGAGCCCCGCGCACACGCCCGCCCACUCCGGCUCCCAGGACAUCCACACUCGCCUCGAACUGUACAGCAGUCGACUAGCCGAGGUCGAGCAGGGAGGACCACGGAGUCCGGCACAGAUCAUCGCUGCCGUUGAUCAUGAACAACAGGAGGAGAUGGAGGGCAUGAUCAAGGAUCUAGAACAUGAGAACAGGCAACUGCAAGCCGAGUACGACCGCCUGAAGACGAGGCAGCAGCAGCGCCGCCUGGCGAAGGAGGUCACGCCGCCGGCGUCGUCCGACCUUGACCCCGGGUCGGGUCGCGACGUGGAGAUGGUCGCCGAGGCGCGGUUGCUACGGCAACACAAGGGUCGUCUGGAGGCGAGGAUGCAGAUAUUGGAAGAUCAUAACCGACAGCUGGAGGCGCAGCUUCACAGGCUGAGGCAGCUGCUAGCAGAGGAGAUGGCGCGCGCGCCGGUCGCAGCGCGACGUACGCGCUCCGCGGCACUCGCCUCUGUCUCGCGGAGCGUCGACCGAGGGAUACAGCGGAACGGCAGCAGUAGGGAGCACAUUGGUGGUGGCGGUGUAGACAGAGAUCGCGAGAACAGUCAACUGGACGAAAUGCUGCACGAAUUCGAAGAUCACAUUAACCAAUCAGAACGCAAAGGCGGCUCGAAGAACGUCGGCGACCUCUUCCACAUGGCGGGUCACGUCGGCGUUGCCGUGGGAACGCUCGUCACCGUGAUGACGGACGACGAACUGGAGGCGACACCUAGCGACACGGACGAGCAACUUCCGCACUCGGCGACGCGCGACAAGUGAACGCUGCCGCCGCUGGAGCCGGAGGGAGGCGGCCAUCUUGGACGCAGGAGCGCGCGGAUUUCGUCUCGCUAGCGGUUGCUGCGGCGGCGCCCCCUGGCGGGCGACGGCGGCAGUUUGAGUUUGAUUGCCCGCGUCGCCGUGCUCUCUCACUAGGUUGCAGCACCGUCGCACGGCCUCCGCCCAUCUCGCCAGGGGGCGCCUCUAACCUACCUCUAACACUGCCCUGUGCUGCCACCUGGCCAGUUUGGCAGAAUGUUGCCGCGCCACUUGUUUUGUCACUAGGUUUUUGUCACGGAUCGAUCGUGUAUCGAUGUAUUGAUUAAUGUAAUAUUGAUAUGAUGGAUUAACAGCCAGACUAACAAGUAACAUAUAGAUCGACCCCCGCGCCGUGGCAGGGUGCACGGUGCUGCCAUCUCGCAGGUGCCGCCCUGAUGUUCGUCAAACCGCGGACGGGGGGCGACGCCGGGCCCCGAAAUGCUUUCGGCAUUCGGUGGCGCCAUCUGGCGACCGAGAUGCAAAUCUACGCCGCGACCCAGCCGGGCGUUUUCUCGACGGUAGAUUUAGGCGUCGCGGUAGACGCUCUCUUGUUUACGUACGCGCGCCGCGCAAGUAGAGUCGGGCGGCGAACGGCGACGUGUCGUCGGACGGCGGCGCCACCUGCCGGCACGCGCUCCCGCGUUAGAGCGCCCCCUGUUGUUGGUUGUACUCGCCAGGCUAGUUAGUAUUACUUUGUUUAGUUGCGCGCGCGAGCGGGGGUCGACUCCGCAGUCUCCGACCCAAACUCCGAUUGUCUCAAGUCUCGAGUCGUCUCGUAUUAUCUGGAGUUGUCUCAAGUCAUCUCAAGUUGUCUCAAGUUGUCUUGAGUCAUCUCAAGUUGUCUUGAGUUGUCUCGAGUUGUCUUGAGUUGUCUUGAGUUGUCUCGAGUUGUCUUGAGUUGUCUCGAGUUGUCUCGGGUUGCGAUCGGCGUCUCGGACGCGGUGUCGCGACGUGCAUCAUGCCAUCUCACCGCGUAUCAUGGCGUUGCGACGUGCGUCAUGCCAUCUCCAUGGGCAUCAUGGCAUCGCGACGUGCGUCAUGCCAUCUCAUCACGUAUCAUGGCGUCGUGAUAUGCGUCAUGCCAUCUCAUCAUGCAUCAUGGUGUCGCGACGUGUGUCAUGCCAUCUCACCGCGAAUCAUGGCAUCUCGCCGUGCGUCAUGCUAUCUCACCGCGCAUCAUGGCGUCACGACGUGCGUCAUGCCAUCUCAUCACAUAUCAUGGCGUCGCGACGUGCGUCAUGCCAUCUCACCGCGCAUCAUGGUGUCGCGACGUGCAUCAUGCCAUCUCACCGCGCAUCAUGGUGUCGCGACGUGCAUCAUGCCAUCUCACCGCGCAUCAUGGCGUCGCGACGUGCAUCAUGCCAUCUCACCGCGCAUCAUGGCGUCGCGA